AUGCUCCAGCGAAACGCCGGUCCAACUACUCUAUUCGACCUUGCCGACGAAGAAAACCGUCACUCGUCACUGGAAAUAGCCGAAGAAGGUAGCGAGCGCUCCUCUAGACCAGUGUCCCCAACUGCGCAUCUGGUGGCGCAUCACAGAUCGUGGUGGAUACACCUUCUCACAUAUACCGUCCUCUUUUUCGCGAGCACGUGGGUCGGCGCACAUUAUGAGCAGCCUGGCGACGUGCGCUACAGAGAUGCAGUUCAGUCGGCCAUCGCACAUCCUUCAAGACAAGGGUACGGAAAACAAGAGAAAAUCUUCGUCGCUGCCAUAUUCUACAACAACGAACUAGUCAUUCCCUACUGGCACGACACUCUCAUCAAAACUAUACAUUAUCUCGGUCCAGACAACGUCUUCGUCUCUAUUGUCGAGAGUCAUAGUACCGACAACUCCCCUCAACUUCUUCAAGCACUAGAUGCAGACCUUGCCCUUUUGGGCGUGUCGCGGCGUAUACUCACCGGAGACGAGACAAUAGCCAGACCUGAUUAUCUGGGCGGGAGCGAGCGCGUCGAAUUUUUGGCAGCCACUCGUAACCGCGCACUCGAGCCUCUAAUGGAAGGAGGCUACGACAAAGUCGUCUUCUCGAAUGACAUAUUUAUCGAGCCUGAGACCUUGGUGGAGUUAUUAGAGACGAAUGAUGGAAACUACGACAUGGCAUGCGGUCUAGACUUUGAUCAUUUCGGCGCAUACGAUAUGUGGGUUCUUCGAGAUCGACAGGCAAAACUCGCCAGUGGAAUAUGGCCAUACUUCUUCGACGAAGCUGAUUAUCACGCGAUGCAGACCGACUCUCCAGCGCCCGUAUUUUCCUGCUGGAACGGUAUCGCCGUCUUCGCUGCAGAUCCUUUCAUUCCAAUCCCCUUGCGCUCCAACCGCACGCUUUCCUCUGACCCUUUACCGUACGAAUUGCCCUCGACACAUCCAGCAGCACACGAUCCCUCCAUGCGUGGCCCCAGCCCCGCACUGACACCCCCAAUACAGUUCCGCGCAUCUGCCCCUGAGGAAUGUUUUUCAUCGGAAUGCUUCUUGCUUCCGUAUGAUCUGAGACGGCAGUUUAAUAUGCAGCGCAUAUAUGUGAACCCGAGGGUUAUCAAUGCGUACAAGUGGAGGUAUUAUACAUACUUCAAAUGGUUCAUGCGUCACCCUGUACUCCGGUGGUGGAUCGAAAAAGUGUAUAAUGGCGCGUGGAUGGCGAGAACUGUGUUUGUUGUGGGGGAUGCGACGGAGGUGUAUCGAUGGGAUGGGGGAGAUUGUCAUCCGUGGUUUUGA